AAUGUCAGUGUCAACUGUCAAAAUCCACAACGCGUUGUGAGUGGACGCGUCGUUCACGUAUUUACAAAAUAUGAAAUUGCCGGUGCGAAAGUGUUAUUAUGUGGCAAAAGUUGGUUUCUUCUUAAUUUUAGUUUGUUUAAUAUUAAGUUUGUUCGAACAUUAUCGUGGUGGUAAGAGAACUGUUAAAGCGCAGACCGAAGAGCAAAAUGAAUUUGAAAAGCAGAUUCUUGAAGAUGAGACCAGGAUUAUUCCUGAUUUGGGUGAAGGUGGUGUUGCAGCACAUUUGUUCGGUGAUGCGAAACGACUAGGAGAGCAAUCUGAGAAGCAACUGGCGAUUAAUGUGUAUUUGAGCGAUCGAAUCCCGUACAAUCGCUCUCUAGAGGAUCAUCGUAAUCCUGCAUGUAAGCGUGUACUAUAUGAUGCCGAAUUACCAUCAGCAUCUGUGAUAAUAAUCUUUCACAAUGAGCCAUAUUCAGUAGUUGUAAGAACUAUAUGGAGUGUUGUGAACAGUGCAAGAAGAAACCAGCCCUGGUAUAGAAGGGUGAACUAUGUUGAUAGGAAUACAGGGGCUAAAAUGACAAUGGGGUAUCCCGGCCAAGACCCAUCAUCACCAUUUGUAUAUUUAAAAGAAAUAAUAUUAGUUGAUGAUAACUCAACAUUACCUGAACUGAAAGGUAAACUUAGUCAUUACAUACGUACAAGGAUUCCACCAGACCUGAUCAAGAUAUUACGGUUGCCUGAUCGUGUCGGCCUUACACGAGCGCGUCUCGCGGGAGCUCGUUAUGCGACAGGCGAUACGUUGGUCUUCUUGGACGCGCAUUGUGAAACACAAACCGACUGGCUUAGGCCCUUACUCCAACGGGUCAAGGAUGCCCCUCAUGCUGUAGUGGUUCCCAUCAUAGAUGUGAUAGAGGCGGACACGUUUUACUACAGCGUUCAAGAUCCGGCUGUGUUUCAGGUGGGAGGGUUCACAUUUAUGGGCCAUUUCACGUGGAUCGAUGUUCCCGAAUGGGAGAAGAAGCGGCGCGGUUCAGACAUUGCCCCAACAUGGUCUCCAACAAUGGCGGGUGGUCUUUUCGCGAUAAAUCGUCAGUAUUAUUGGGAAUUGGGAGCGUAUGAUGAGCAGAUGGCUGGAUGGGGUGGGGAGAAUCUGGAAAUGUCCUUCAGGAUUUGGCAGUGUGGUGGUACUCUGGAAACAAUUCCGUGUUCACGGGUCGGACAUGUGUUUCGAUCGUUCCAUCCAUACGGCUUACCUGCACACACAGACACACACGGAAUAAAUACAGCCCGAAUGGCCGAUGUGUGGAUGGAUGAUUAUGCCGAAUUAUUUUAUCUCCAUCGACCAGAUUUGAGGAAUAACCCAAAAAUCGGUGACGUGACACAUAGAAAGAUUCUCCGGGAGAAGCUCAAAUGCAAGAGCUUCGCGUGGUACCUCCAGCAUGUUUAUAAGGAUAAAUUUGUGCCCGUCAGAGAUGUUUUUGGAUUCGGCAGGUUCCGCAAUCCGUCCGGUCUCUGCCUGGACAGCCUUCAACGCGAAGGCGAAGGCUCUCCUCUCGGCUCCUACCCUUGCCAUAACACCCUCGAAGCCACUCAGUACUUUGCUCUUUCACUGAAAGGAGAACUUAGGGACGAGGAACGAUGCGCUGAAUUGCAAUAUAUGAGACGUGCUCCGGGGGAAAAUGAAGGCAGCAGUCGGCGUGUGCUCAUGGUCACCUGUCACGGGAAAUUGAGGGGACAGAGAUGGCGCUACCUGCCAUCCAAACAACUUCAGCACAUUGAGACUAGCCUAUGUCUCACGUCGCCGAGGGAAGCGGGCGGUGACGUCACGGCGGCCAAGUGUGCGCCGGGUGUGGAGCAGAAAUGGUCCAUAGACUAUACUGAGGAGAAUGACUUUAGACUUGACAAUAAAGGUGAACCGAGCGAACAAGAACUCAGAUUGCAGAAGUUGAGAGGACAGAGACGCAUCUCCCGAUCUCUAUUAUCAGUGAACGAAACGGACCAACGCCGACACAGAAAGAGCAAAAAGAAGAGGAAGAAGGACAAGUUUAUACUGAAAGUGGUGAGAAAAGCGAACAACAGCGAGGAGCAUUUGGAGGUGGAUAUUUAUUGCAAGCAUCGAACCCUGUACCCGAAUAACAGCUUCGUGAGGGACAUCGUUAGCGCACUUAACGAUAGGGAUAUUACUGUGAUUAACAAUGGGCGUGUGUUCGAGAAACAUCGAGUGACACCACUGCACACGCAUACACACACACACAAACACAAACCGCACAAAGAAGUCCAGCCGAAGAAAGUGAAAUCGGAUGUUCAAGUGAUAAAAACGAUUAUACCCGAGAAACCGGUUCAUCCGGCUAAGACUGCACCGGGCGUGGUCCGGUUGAACCAGGAUAACGAGAAGAAGAUUAUAAUUGAGGAUUUCGUGGAGAUCACGCCGCAGCCCACUCUCCAACCUAAGAGAAAACGUAAACAUCACAAAAAAAUACUACCGAUGAUUAAUAACGAUGUGUUAAAGCCAAUAUCGAUUGAGGACUCGCCGUUAGAGGAGACAAUGACGUUGCCACGCGCGCAUUCAGAUCCCGAACAACCGGAUGAUAUUUAUAAACGUUAUGAUGAGAGCAGUGAUGCAGCCGAUGAAGACAAACUGGACACAGUUCUAUCACCAACGGACGAUAUUCGUAAAGACUUCCAAAGCGUUGAUGUGUAUGGCACAGAUUUAGGCAAAGCGUCCGACAAAACGUCAAAAUUAAAGGACGUCACAGAUGACAGUUUGCAGAUGAAGCUGGACGCGGGAGUGACAGAUGACGGUCUGACAGAUGUGACAUAUGUCAAGGGUGACAGAAAAAGAUACAAGUUGAUGAGUGCUGAUGAUGAUUUGGUUAAAAUUGAUGAUAAACUACGCAGUGAGGAGAAUUUCGCCAAGGGGACGCAAAAACAGUCGAGCGACGGUCGUCCUGUCCGUGUGGUGAUGAGAUCGAAUCUGACUUUUAACAUCGGUGAUGAGUUCUUCAACUGGAAGUUGGACGCUGAUGAUGUCGCUAAUCUUCUCGGCGAGUUGACAAUGCCGAAUAAAACCACGGAACGCACCCCAACCACAAGAACUGCUCAGCUGGACUCAUCUUCCGAGAGUUCCAGCCAAGAGGAGUGAACGGUUUUGUAUUUCGCCAAAAUGUCUGUUGUAUUAAACAUAAGUCGUGUUGUCUCUUCUUUGUAAAGAAAGGUUGUUGCUGUCCUUGACUCGAAUUAUAAAAUACGGCCUUAAGGGUGCUCGUAAGACUGUGUAGUACUUAAAAUAUAUAUAAAAUUAUCAUAAUAAGUAGAUUUGUAGAUAGGCGAAUUUAUUUAACAUUAAAUUGCAUUAAUCACUUUAUUGAUGGUAGCGCCCUCUAUCGACUUUCAUAUUCAACACUAUUUUAGUGUAUUCAUUGCAAAUUACGUAAAAAAUAUAUUUAUGGCGUUAAAUUAAUUACGUGUGCUAGGAGUGUAUUUUUUAAAGAUUAUUCUUAAUACGUAUGUGCUUUUAACUUGACUAUGAAAAUACUUGUGAAACCACAGAAAGUUAUAUUUGUAAAAGAAAAGUGAUAAUUAAACUAUAUUUAUAAACACUCAUAUGAUUGUAACUUAUAAGAAUUCAAAAUCCAGUCGGUUCUGUAAAAUUAGUGGUUGGUAUUUGGUCGAAUUGACUCAAAAUAUAUUAGUUUGAAUUUGAUGUCUCUCUUACACUUAUGACAUUAUGAGCGAGACAGCAUUCUUUUUUCUUUGUAAUAAAUUCUAAUUGUAUUAUUAUGCAAUUUUAUAGUUUAAUUCAAACAAAAUUAAUUCCGUCCAUUAAAACUAAUGUAUUGCUAUCUAUAUUUGUGUCCAUGUCUACUCACCACAUGGCCUUGUACUAAAAUUGUCAAUUAUAUUCAAUAUUAAAUAUAUUUUAUGACAGUUAA